AUGUUGGAAAAAACUUUUAAAAAUGAAGAUUUAGGAAUUGAGUUAAAAUCUUAUAUUGACAAACAGCAAAAUGUCUGGUUUUGUGGGAAAGAUGUUGCUCGAUUACUUAAAUAUAAAGAAACUAAUCAAGCAAUUAGAAAACAUGUUGAUGAUGAAGACAAAAAAAGCUUACCCGUAAAAACAACGGGUUAGGUUAGAUGGUAUACUUUUGUAAAUGAAUCAGGUUUUUAUUCUCUUGUUUUAUCCUCAAAAUUAGAAACUGCAAAAAAGUUUAAACAUUGGAUUACCUCACAAGUUCUUCCAUCUAUUCGCAAAUAUGGCUAUUUUAAAAUGUUUAAUAACCCGAGUAACAAAAUGUUUAAAAUAGAAAAUGAAAACGAUCUUCAUUACAAAGUUGUUCAACUAAUUAGAAAUUAUUAUCCAAAUUCUAUAUUAGUAGCCGGACUUGGAGAAAAUCAAGAUACGAUGAAAAGAGACUAG